CUUCCGCCCUCGUGGGAGCGGCUUGGGGCGUUUGACCGCCGGCCAAGAAGGGGAGGCAGUGGGAGUCUUGGAGAACAGAGCGAGAUGGAGAAGCGAGGCCGAGGCGUGAAGUCGAUCCCCAUCCAGACCCCGAACCAGACCCCUCAGCAGGCUCCGGUGACACCUAGAAAAGAGAGGAGGCCUAGCAUGUUCGAGAAGGAGGCAUAUGCACAGAUUUUAAGAGAAAGACUGAGAGAGUCAAUUCACGAUGUUCAGUAUGUGGAGCCUCCUUUUGAUGACUCAAUUGCUGAUAUAGGUAAAGAAUGGAAGAGUGCCCUGGCAAAAUUAAAGUUUGCUAAUUCAUAUAGAAUGGAGCCACUGAAGAAAUUCCAAGCUCAUUCAGUAGAAACUAAAGUCCAGCAGAUACUAACAGAAAGUCUUAAAGAUGUCAAAUAUGAUGAUAAAGUAUUCUCUCACUUGUCACUUGAAUUGGCAGACCGCAUACUGUUAGCAGUCAAAGAAUUUGGGUACCACCGUUAUAAGUUCAUUAUAAAAGUAUUAUUUAUUCAAAAGACUGGCCAAGCAAUAAAUAUUGCCAGCAGAUGGAUCUGGGACAUUGCAUGGGACAGCUGGGUCGCAGCUAAACACGAAGGAGAAUCCUACAUGGCACUGGUCUUGGUGUUUGCCCUUUAUUAUGAAUAGCUCAUUACAGGUACUAAGGAUUGUUUAUUUCCUAACUUUUCAAAAAUAAAUGAAAUUUACAUAUUUGUGAACCUUGUAAUAUUUCUGAUUUGCUAUAUUCUUAUUCUCAUUUGAGGCCUUUCAAUUGUAUUAUUUUAACAACAAAGUAGAAGCUAGAUUUUUAUAUUUAUACUUACUAUUAUAUUAACUAACAUAAUAUUAUGCCAAAGUACUAUAAAAGGUGUAUGCAUGUGUGUCUGUGUGUGUAUAUAUGUAUGUAUAUACAAAUUCUUAGAGUAGAGUAUAGGGAAAAGAUCAUUUUUGUAAGAUUUAAGAAAAUGAUAAUUUGCUACAGGAAAUUAAAAUGCAACCUUGUCAAGUAUCAAAUUAAGUAGAUGUUAAGAUAGAUUUUGGAAAUUUCUAAUGAUAUUUUAAUACUUUGUAUUCAUUGUUUUGAAAGGAAUUACCAAGUUUGAAAGAUGUUAUUAUAUUUCAUAAUUCCCUAAUAUCCUCCCACUCCAGCCAAACUGCUUACAAGUGUGUAGUCAAUUUACUAAUCUAUUAGGCUCUGUUAGGCUCUGUGAGCCUUCUAGGAUGUUUUUUUUCAGAUGCAAGAACUGAAAAUUCAUAUUAAUUGUUUAAAGAAAUAAGAAAAAUUUUAUUUCCCAGGGAUGUGAUCAAGGAUCCAGGUUCUCUCCAACUUCCCACUCUCCCCACAGACUUCCACGUACAUUCAUUUUGCUUGACAGAAUUUAAUCAUGUUCCUAUGACUAGACCAGUUGUAAUUCCCUCCUUAAGGUUGAGGCUGGAGCCUACCUUUUCUGAAGCAUGAGAUCAUGUGAAAAGUGUGGCUAUUUGCCAGCCACAGUGGCUCACUCCUAUAAUCCCAGCACAUGGGAAGGCCGAGGUGGGAGGAUUGCUCUAGCCCAGGAAUUUGAGACCAGCCUGAGUAACAUGGCAAGACUCCAUCUCUUAAAAAAAAAAAGGAGAAAAUUGUGGAUCCAGUGUACAAAUUGAGACUCUUCUAGCAGGGAGGCAGGGUGUGCACUUGUGGGAGGCAAGCAAUACCUGUGAUAAUCAGUAUGAUUUUCAUCAUUACAACCAGAACUGAAAACAACCAUGUCAGUAUUGACCAGUAAAAAUACCUAUUAGUUGAAUUAUCUCUAAACAAGGAGAUAAAAAUAGCAGAGAAGGGGUUUUUUUCCCACUUAGGUUUUAUAAUGAGUUGGUGUCAGUUUCCACUUAUGAGAGUUAAGGAGCUGAACUAUGAUUCCUGCCUGAAUAGAUUCAAAUGGAGUUUGGCUGAGGGAGUGCAUGAAAGUUUGGCCAGAAUUACUCUUAGAAAAUCACUCCAGCUCCCUCCUGCUGCCUUGUGAAGAAGGUGCGUUGCUUUCCCUUUGCCUUGCACCAUGAUUGUUAAGUUUCCUGAGGGCUCCCAGCCAUGCGAAACUAGGGGUGGGGCCAAGACAGCUGACUAGAAGCAGCACCAUAUAGGAGCCUCCUAUGGGAAAAAAAACAUAAGCAUGUGAAUCCUUCACCAGCAACCAAGGUAUCCAGGUUCUCUCAUCAAAAUUGACUAGAAGGCUGGCAUUACCCACAGAGAGAAGGAAGAGCAGUGUGGUGCGGCAGCCCACCUGAGAGCCACAUGGGGAAGGGGAACCCCCUUCCCCCAAGCCAAGGGAGGUGGUGAGUAAGUGUGCUACCCAGCCAGGGAAACUGUUGUUUUUCCAUGGAACUGUGCAACCCACAGAUCGGAAGAUUCCACUUUCAAACCCAUGCCACUGGGGCUUAGCAUCACAACUCUGGAAUCCGCAGAUUCUUACAGCCUCUCAGCUGGAAUCUGCUUAAGCUUACUGAACUCCCAUGGGGAAGGGUGGCCAGCACUGGCUGCGGCUGCCUGAUGUCUAAGCCAUUUGAACUCCUUGUGGGAGGGGCAGCAGCCAGCACUGGGACUUGCAACUGCCUAGCAUGCUAAGCCCCCUGGGUAGGGGAAGGGCAGCACCCAUUUCUAUAGCUUCAGGCUGCGCUUUUCCCUUGCUGGAGCCAGGCAGGCCGGACAGCUUGGUCCCAAGACUUGUUCCCACAGCCCAACACACCAGCUGUGGCAGUCUGCAGCCAGAGUGCCUCUUCAGGUCUAACUCUGACCCAUCCUUCCUCAGUGGGUGGGGCUUUCCUGCAGGAUCUCCAAUAACUCCAGCCACAGGCUCAGGGACAGAAUUUGGAUCCCCCUGGGCCUGAGCCCCUAGUGGGAGGGGUGGCUGCAGUCUCUGUGGACCAGCAGGCUUAGCUUCUCCUCCUGGUAGUUCUGAGUAAUCCAGGCAGCCCAGACAAGUGGAUUCCCCCCAGUGAAACACACCCUCUCUACCAAGGGACAAAUUGCUUCAUUAGAUGGGUCCUGCUCCCCGUGUCACCCAACUGGGUGAGACCCUCCAACAGGAGUUGUCAGAUACCCUAUACAGGAGUGAUCCUACUGGCAUCAGGUUGGUACCCCUUAAGGUCAGAGGUCCCAGAAAAAGGAGCAGGCACCCAUCUUUGCUGCUUUCCAGCUUCCUUGAGUGACAUCUCCAGGUAUAAGAGCAAAUCAGAUGAGUAGGGCCAUUCACCCCAGCAAACUGCAGCAGCCCUACAGAAAAGGGGCCUAUUUAAAGAAAAACAAACAAGCAGAAAAUAACAACAACAACAACAAAAAAGGCCCCCACAAAAACCCCAUCUAAGGGUCAGCAGCCUCAAAGACCAAAACUAGACAAACUCAUGAAGAUAAGAAAGAAUCAAUGAAAAAAUGCUGAAAACCCAAAAGGCCAGAGUGCCUCUUUUCCUCCAGAUGAUCACAGUGUCUCUCCAUCAAGGGCACAGAACUGGACGGAGGAUCAGAGGGACGAAUUGACAGAAGUAGACUUCAGAAGAUGUGUAAUGAAAAAAUUAUGAUCAGCUAAAGGAGCAUGUUCUAACCCGAUGGAAAGAAGCUAAGAACCUUCAUAAAAAGUUAGAGCAAUUGCUAACUAGAAUAACCAGUUUAGGGAAGAACAUAAACAACCUGAUGGAGCUGAAAAACACAGCAUGAGAACUUCGUGAAGCAUACACAAGUAUCAACAGCAGAAUCGACCAAGCGGAAGAAAGGAUAUCAGAGUUGGAAGACUACCUUACUGAAAUAAGAUAUACAGACAAGAAUAGAGGAAAAAGAAUGAAAAUGAAUGAACAAAGCCUCCAAGAAAUAUGGGACUUCAUAAAAAGAUCAAACCUACGAUUGAUUGGAGUAGCAGAAGGAGAUGGGGAGAAUGGAAACAAGCUGGAAAACACACUUCAGGGUAUUAUCUAGGAAAACUUCCCCAACCUAGGAAGACAGGCCAACAUGUAAAUUCAGGAAAUACAGACAACACCAUUAAGAUACUCCAUGAGAAGAUCAACCCCAAGACACAUAAUUGUCAGAUUCUCCGAGGUUGAAAUGAAGGAAAACCUGUUAAGGGCAGCCAGAGAGAAAGGCCAGGUCACAUACAAAGGGAAGCCCAUCAGACUAACGGCGGACAUCUCACAGAAUCUCUACAAGCCAGAAGAGAUUGGGGGUCAAUAUUCAACAUUCUUAAAGAAAAUAAUUUUCAACCCAGAAUUUCAUAUCCAGCCAAACUAAGCUUCAUAAGCGAAGGAGAAAUAGAAUCCUUUCCAGACAAGCAAAUGCUGAGGGAUUUUGUUACCACCAGGCCUGCUCUGCAACAGCUCCUGAAAGAAGCACUAAAUAUGGAAACGAAAAACUGGUAGCAGCCACUGCAAAAACACACCAAAAUAUAAAGACCAAUGACCCUAUGAAGAAACUGGAUCAACUAGUGUGCAAAAUAAUCAAAUAGCAUCAUGACAGGAUCAAAUUGACACGUAACAAUACUAACCUUAAAUGUAAAUGGGCUAAAUGCCACCAAUUAAAAGACACAGACAGGCAAAUUGGAUAAGGAGUCAACACCUGUCAGUGUACUGUAUUCAGGAGACCCAUCUUACAUGCAAAGACACACAGGCUCAAAAUAAAGGGAAGGAGGAAAAUUUACCAAGCAAAUGGAAAGCAAAAAAAAAAAAAAAAAAAAAAAAAAAAAAAAAGAAGCAGGGGUUGCAAUCCUAGUCUCUGUCAAAACAGACUUUAAACCAACAAACAUCAAAAAAGAAGGGCACUAUGUAAUGGUAAAGGGAACAAUUCAACGAGAAGAGCUAACUAUUCUGAAUAUAUAUGCGCCCAAUACCAGAGCACUCAAAUUCAUAAAACAUAUUCUUAGAGACCUACAAAGAGACUUAGACUCCCACACGGUAAUAGUGAGAGACCUUAACACCCCACUGUCAGUAUUAGACAGAUCAAUGAGACAGAAAAUUAACAAGGAUAUUCAGGACUUGGAACUCAGCUCUGGAUCAAGUGGACGUAGUAGACGUCUACAGACCUUUCUACUCCAAAUCAACAGAAUAUACAUUCUUUCCAGUGCCAUAUGGCACUUAUUCUAAAAUCAACCAUAUAAUUGGAAGUAAAGCACUCCUCAGCAAAUGCAAAAGAACUGAAAUCAUAACAAACAGUCUUUCAGACGACAGUGCAAUCAAAUUAGAACUCAGGAUUAAGAAACUCACUCAGAACCACACAAUUUCAUGGAAGUUGAACAACCUGCUCCUGAAUGACUCCUGGGUAAAUAAUGAAAUUAAGGCAAAAAUCAAGAAGUUAUUUGAAACCAAUGAGAACAAAGAUAAUAUACCAGAAUCUCUGGGACACAGCUAAAGCAGUGUUAAGAGGGAAAUUUACAGCACUAAAUGCCUGCAUCAGAAAGCUAGAAAGAUGUCAAAUCAACACCCUAACAUCACAAUUAAAAGAGCUACAGAGGCAAGAGCAAACUAAUCCAAAAGCUAGCAGAAGAUCAGAGAAGAAUUGAAGGAGACAGAGACACAAUAAACCCUCCAAAAAAUCAAUGAAUCCAGGAGCUGGUUUUUUGAAAAAAAAUUAACUAAAUAGAAAGACCACUAGCUAGACUAAUAAGAAGAGAGAAAAAUCAAACAGACACAAUAAAAAAUGAUAAAGGGGAGAUCACCACUGACCCCACAGAAAUACAAACUACCAUUAGAGAAUACUACAAACACCUCUAUGCAAAUAAACUAGAAAAUCUAGAAGAAAUGGAUAAAUUCCUGGAUGCAUACACCCUACCAAGACCAAACCAGGAAGAAGUUGAAUCCCUGAAUAGACCAAUAACAAGCUCUGAAACUGAGGCAGUAAUUAAUAGCCUACCAACCAAAAGAAGCCCAGGACAAGAAGGAUUCACAGCUGAAUUCUACCAGAAAUACAGAGAGGAGCUAGUUCCAUUCCUUCUGAAACUAUUCCAAACAAUUGAAAAGGAGGGAAUCCUCCCUAAUUCAUUUUAUGAAGCCAGCAUCGCCCUGAUACCAAAACCUGGAAGAGACACAACAAAAAAAAGAAAACUUCAGGCCAAUAUCCCUGAUGAACAUCGAUGUGAAAAUUCUCAAUAAAAUACUGGCCAACCGAAUCCAGCAGCAAAUCAAAAAACUUAUCUACCAUGAUCAAGUUGGCUUCAUCCCUGGGAUGCAAGGCUGGUUCAACAUAUGCAAAUCAAUAAAUGUAAUCCAUCUCAUAAACAGAACCAAAGACAAAAACCACAUGAUUAUCUCAAUAGAUGCAGAUUGAUAGCGUUGAUAAACUUCAACAUCCCUUCAUGUUAAAAACUCUCAAUAAACUACAUAUUGAUGGAACAUAUCUCAAAAUAAUAAGAGCUAUUUAUGGCAAACCCACAGCCAAUAUCAUAUUGAAUGGGCAAAAGCUGGAAGCAUUCCCUUGGAAAACUGGUACAAGACAAGGAUGCCCUCUCUCACCACUUCUAUUCAACAUAAUAUUGGAAGUUCUGGCCAGGGCAAUCAGGCAAGAGAAAGAAAGAAAGGGUAUUCAAAUAGGAGGAGAGGAAGGCAAGUUGUCUCUGUUUGCAGAUGACAUGAUUUUAUAUUUAGAAAACCACAUCAUCUCAGCCCCAAAACUUGUGGAACUGAUAAGCAACUACAGCAAAGUCUCAGGAUACAAAAUCAAUGUGCAAAAAUCACAAGCUUCCCUUUACACCAACAGUAGGUAAGCAGAGAGCCAAAUCAUGAAUAAACUCCCAUUCACACUCACUACAAAGAGAAUAAAAUACCUAGGAAUAGAGAUAACAAGGGAUGUGAAGCACCUCUUCAAGAACUACAAACCACUGCUCAAGGAAAUAAGAGAGGACACAAAGGGAAAAACAUUCCAUCCUCAUGGAUAGGAAGAAUCAAUAUCGUGAAAAUGGCCACGCUGCCCAAAGUAAUUUAUAGAUUCAAUGUUAUUCCCAUCAAACUACCAUUGAUAUUUUUCACAGAAUUAGAAAAAACUAUUUUAAAUUUCAUAUGGAAUCAAAGAAGACCCCAUAUAGCCAAGACAAUCCUAAGCAAAAAGAACAAAGCUGGAGGCAUCAUGCCACAUGACUUCAAACUAUACUACAAGGCAACAGUAACCAAAACAGCAUGGUACUGGUACCAAAACAGACAUAUAGACCAAUGAAGCAGAACAGAGACCUCAGAAAUAACACCACACAUCUACAACCAUCUGACCUUUGACAAACCUGACAAAAAUAAGCAAUGGGAAAAGGAUUUCCUAUUCAGUAAAUGGUGCUGGGAAAACUGGCUAGCCAUAUGCAGAAAACUGAAACUGGACCCCUUCCUUACACCUUAUACAAAAAGUAACUUAAGAUGGAUUAAAGACUUAAAUGUAAAACCCAAAACCAUAAAAACUCUAGGAGCAAAUCUAGGCAAUACCAUUCAGGACACAGGCAUGGGCAAAGACUUCUUGACAAAAACGCCAAAAGCAAUAAAAGCCAAAAUUGACAAAUGGAAUGUAAUUAAACUAAAGAGCUUCUGUACAGCAAAAGAAACUAUCAUCAGAGUGAACAGGCAACCUACAGAAUGGGAGAAAAUUUUUGCAAUCUACCCAUCUGACAAAAGUCUAAUAUCCAUAAUUUGCAAGGUACUUAAACAUAUUUACAAGAAAAAAAAACCCCAUCAAAAAGUGGGCAAAGGAUAUGAACAGACACUUCUCAAAAGAAGACAUUUACAUGGCCAACAAACUUAUAGAAAAAAAGCUCAACAUCACUGAUCAUCAGAGAAAUGCAAAUCAAAACCACAAUGAGAUACCAUCUCACACCAGUCAGAAUGGUGAUUUUAAAAAGUCCGAAAACAAUGGAUGCUGGCGAGGCUGUAGAGAAAUAGGAACACUUUUACACUGUCGGUGAGAAUGUAAAUUAGUUCAACCAUUGUGGAAGACAGUAUGGCAAUUCCUCAAGGAUCUAAAACCAGAAAUACCAUUUGACCCAGCAAUUCCAUUACUGGGUAUAUACCCAAAGGAUUAUAAAUCAUUCUACUAUGAAGACACAUGCACAUGUAUGUUUAUUUCAGCAGUAUUCACAAUAGCAAAGACAUGGAACUAACCUAAAUGCCCAUCAAUGAUAGACUGGAUAAAGAAAAUGUGGUACAUAUACACCAUGGUAUACUAUGCAGCCAUAAAAAGGAAUGAGAUCAUGUCCUUUGCAGGGACAUGCAUGAAGCUGGAAGCUAUCAUCCUCAGCAAACUAACACAGGAGAAAAAAACACCACAUGUUCUCACUCAUAAGUGGGAGUUGAACAUUGAGACCACAUGGACACAGAGAGGAACAACACACACUAGGGCCUGUUGGGGGUGAGAGUGGAGGGGAGGGAACUUAGAAGAUGGGUCGACAGAUGCAGCAAACCACCACGGCACAUGUAUACCUAUGUAACAAACCUGGACAUUCUGCACAUGUAUCCCAUUUUUUUAAGAAGAAAUAAAAAAAAUUUUGAUCAUUUUCUUACAA